AUGCUCGCUCGCAUUGCGCUCCUUUUCCGGGCGGGCGACCUCGAAGGCCACUUCAGCGUGGGAGUCGUCGACCGCAGCCGCUCGAGGCGCAUCACCAACUGCCGCCGUAGACAAACCGAGGAGAUGAGAGCCAUCCCUGCAAACUCGAAGCAGCAGCCCACAGCGCCUGCGUCCGGGCGCGAGCGGCAGGCGUCCUUUCACAUCUGCGUGGUCUCGUCCGCACUCAACUUGCAGGCAGUCCCACCACAGCUCCGCUCCGUCGACUGCAAGUUCGCCACCAUGGUCUGCGCCAAGAAGUUCCUCACGGCGGAGGACCUCAAGGUGGCGCUCAACAUCUUCUGCUGCGUCUACGGCAUCGGCACGCUCGGUAUGCCCGGCAACUUCUCGCGCUCCGGGCCCGUGCUGGCCGUCAUCGGCAUGGCCUUCAUGGCCUUCGCCAACGUGUACGCGUCCGUGGCCAUCUGCCGCGUGAUGCUGCUGGCGCCGAAGAGCGUCAAGACCUACAGCGACCUGGGCGAGUGGUGCAUGGGCAAGUGGGGCCGCUGGCUCUCGGUCAUCUCGCAGAUGGCCUCGUGCCUGCUCGUGCCCUGCGUGUUCCUCGUGCUGGGCGGCACCCUGCUCGACGGCCUGUUCCCGGACGCCUUCAGCCCCACCUACUGGAUCUGCUUCAUGGCGCUCAUGUGCUUGCCCGUAUGCCUCAUCCCGACGCUCAAGGAAGGCGCCGGGGCCGCGUUCGCCGGCUGCGCGGGCACGCUCAUCGCCGACGUUAUCGGCGUGGCCGUCGUCAUGUACGGCAUGCGUGGCCACCCCACGCCGCCGUCGCCUGAUAUCAAGUUCUCGCAGGUCGCGGGCAUGUUCGGCAACCUGUCGCUCGCGUACAACGCCGGCAUCGUGAUCCCGGCCCUGCAGCGCCAGCACAGCGAGCCGACGCGCAUGCCGCGCGUUGUGUUCGUCACCAUGGCCUUCAUCUCGUGCCUCUUCCUGAUCCUGGCCAGCACGGCGUACUCGGCGGUGGGCUGCCAGAUCUCGGGCAACCUGCUCUACUCCAUCUACCCGGACGCGGACACGGGCCUCACCACGCUGGGCUUCAAGUCCAACUGGGGCGCCGUCGUCAUGGCCUACUUCUUCAUGCAGCUGCACAUUACGAUCGCCUUCUCCGUCAUCCUGAACCCGGCCUUCUACCUCGCCGAGCGACUGGUGCUCAAGAUGCACAAGAAGAAGGAGGACGACGUCGAGAACGCCCUCACGUACGCCGCCGCCUCGUACGCCGCCGCCAACACGCCCGGCAAGGACGCGGUCACCGACGACCGCCGCUCGUCCAAGAUGUCGUACAUCUCGAACGCCGACGCCGAGAACCCGUACUACGACGACGUGGAGGCGGAAGCUGCCGAGUACCGCGGAUCGAACGCGGUCAAGUACGUGAUCCUGCGCGUCGCCAUCAUCGUGGUGCUGGUCGUCCUGUCGGUUCUCCUCAAGGACCACUUCUCGGACAUGGUGGACUUCGUGGGCGCCUCGUGCAUCACGCUCAUCAGUAUCCUGCUGCCCAUUAUUUUCCUGCUCAAGAAGCUGUGGCACGAGCUCCCCAUGUACGAGAAGAUCCCGGCGCUGAUUGUCGUCGUCGUGUGCGGCUUCCUGGGCUGCUACGUCACGUACACGUCGGGCAAGACGCUGUUCGCGCCGACGGACUCGGACACGUCGUUCCCGUACUGCGACAGCGAGUACGAGAACGAGGUGUACUACAACUACACUGCCGUCCACGGCGCAUAAGCUAGUUAGUUCUCCCGCGCUGUAGCAACCAAAGUUUGUAAUUUUCGUGGUAACUUCUAAAUACUCGUCCGUUUGUCACCAAC